AGGGGCCCCUGGGGACUCUGGGACCAGUCUGGGAGCCGUCAGGGGACAAAGCACCCAUUACACCUACAGGAGGACUGAAGGUUUGUGGAGUCUUCAGGAGUGAAGAGCAGAAACAAACACAGGUUGUCUUCAUGUUUGAGUUGAGGAUGUCUCUGCAGUCUCUGAUGGUGGCUCUGGUCAUGGUCAUGGUCUUCCUCAGUCCCUGCCCUGGCAUGUCAGCCCCUCAAGGUGAGCCAGAUGAUGAGGCUUUUGAUGUGGAGAACUAUGACCUGAACAGUGAGGACUGGGAGAAUCUGGACGUCAACAUUUAUGGAGACAGUUAUGAUUAUGAUGACUUGGACCAAGAGAUCGAGGUGGGCACCAUAGCACCAGACACCCCCUCCCCAGCCUCCCAGUCCACGGCUCAGCAUUAUGAGGAGGAGAAGACUGUGCCCACCCUGCCUCCAGCUCCCAUCUCCCUGGACUUCAAGGGACCAGGACUCUUUGGUCCUGAGACUGGUUUGGGUAUGCCCACCUGCCUACUGUGUGUGUGUAUUGGUGGGAGUGUGUACUGUGAUGACACAGGCAUGGAUCAGAUCCCACCCCUGCCCAAAGACACCACCCACUUUUAUGGCCGCUUCAACAAGAUCCGCCAUGUGAAGAACACAGACUUUCUGAACCUCAAUAAGCUCCAGUCCAUUGAUCUAACGGGGAACCAGGUCUCAGGGAUGGAUGAGGAUGUGUUUCGUUCCCUGACUCAGCUCCAGGAGUUAUUGUUGGCUGAUAACAACAUACAGGUCCUGCCUGAGCUGCCAGUCACCAUGAGACGCAUAGAUCUACGCAACAACAAGCUGGUCAACCAUGGGCUACACUCUGAGGGCUUCAAGGAAAUGAGCCAGCUGGAAUUCCUCUACCUGUCUAGUAACAACCUGGAUUAUGUUCCCACUCCACUUCCACUGAGCCUGAGAGUGUUACACCUGCAGGACAACAACAUCCAGUCUCUGCAGGAAGACACCUUCUGUGACCGCCACGAUCGCAACUUCAUCCGCCGCAACCUGGAGGACAUCCGCCUGGACAGCAACCCCCUGAACAUCAACCUGUUCGCCCAGGCCUACGUCUGCCUGCCUCGCCUGCCUGUAGGGAGCCACUGACGCCUGCUUGAGCCGUAGUUCCAGCUCCAGUAGAGAAAUGAUGCAAGAAUAGAAGCUGUUUGAAUGUAAUGUGUGUUUAGUGUUAGUAUUGUGGUAAGGAUUAAUCGUGGUUGUUUAAAACACUCAAGGUUUUAUCUAAAUAUUCACUGUAAUAAUAUUGAACUAAUAUGUUAGCAAACAGCUGCACAUUUCCAUAGAAACAUAGCAACAUAGCAAACAACAUCAGUCAUGUUAGUGUCCACCUGGUGUACAGUGGAUUUAUCAGACUGCAAACAGCUGCUGCUUGUGGUUCAUCAGUGGAGUUUGACCUGAAAGAGACUGAAAAGCUCUGUAGACCUAAGAAAACUAAGCAAAAUAAGUCUCCUCUUUUAACCCUUUGAACACUCAGCUGUCUUGGUUUGAUUAUCUAUCUUUAUAUUGUACUGGGUUAUUCAGAAACAUCAUCAUUUGCUGUGUCAUUGCUCAAUAAUCAAUCAAUAUAUCAAUUUUUUAGGACAUGUUAUGUUUUCAGACUCAAAUUCUUCUUUUUCUGUUUUUCCUUAUGUCUUCAACACAUAAUAACAAAUGGCUGUAUAUGAAUGUAUACAAGGUUAGUGUUUCUGGAUUGUAAGAUCAUGUUCAAGGGGCAUUGUG